GCCUGUCCCUUCAGACCCCAGAUUCCCUUGGCCCAGCUAUGGGGAAAGGCAGAGCUCCCACCCUCGGCCUGGCCCUAAUCCUGGCCCUGCUCCUGACCCCAGGGGAAUGUAGCCUCUGCCCGGGCGUGAGUCCGGGGAUCCUGGCUGGGAUUGUGCUUGGAGACCUCGUGCUGACCAUCCUCAUCGCCCUGGCUGUUUACUAUCUGGGCCGCCUUGUGCCUCUGGGUCGGAACUCCCCAGAGGGUGAGGGAAUGAACUGGGACUACAGAGGGUGACAGCGGGGAGGGACG